AUGCGGCGUGCAGUCGCAGCUCAAGCGCUGCUUUUAGCAAUCACAGCCGCUGCGAGCUGCACGAGACCGCUGCCGCUGCGCCUCGUGCCGCGGGGAGGCGCCAACGACGACGGCGACGAGGCCGCGGUGGUCGAGGCGGCGCCGCGCGACGUCGUCGAGGCGCCGGAGGAGGACAGGGACGGCGAGGUGUAUCUGGACGUGCACUUCGACCCGCUCAAGGCGCUCGCCUCGGCGGCGCGAGCCCUCCGACGGGCCUUGGCCUCGCUCUUCGGCGGCGGCGGUUCGAGCGGCAAGAGCGGCAAGAGCGGCACGAGCGCGAGCGCCGACGCGCCGUCGGCGGUCGAGGCGGCCUGCCCCGGCGCGCUCGCGACGGCGGCGCGCGCGGCCCGGCGGGCGCUCGCGACCGGCCGGCCGGUGCUCGUCGUCGCGGCGCCGCCGGCGUCGGCGGCCGCGGAGGAGCUCGCCGCGGCGGUCAAGGCGCUGGGCAGCGACGCCGUCCUGCUCGACGCGACGCGCACGGCGCAGACCUACGCGCGCGCCGCGAGGCUCGCGUCGGCGGCGAUGCCCGCGGCGCUGCCGAAGAACGCGCCGUUCUGCGCGCUCGCGGUGCCGGCGGGCGCCGGCCAGCUGCGCUACGUGGCCGUCUACCGCGGCACGGGCGUCGGCGAGAGCUGGCUCGCGCGCGCGCGCGAGACGGCGGCGGACGACCUCGCCGCGCUCGAGCGGGCGGCCGCGGAGCACCGGCUCGCGUCGGAGCAGAAGCGCGAGCUCGCAGAGGCCAAGAGCAGCGACCGGAAGUCCGCGACGGAGGCGGCGGCAGCACGCGCCGCGGCGGCGGCCGCCGCCGCGGCCGAGGCCGAGGCGGCGCUCGCCGCCGAGCGCCGCGCGGCCGCGGACCUGACGCGACGGGCGGCGCUCGAAAAGGCGCUGGCGCCCGAGCCCGACGGGCCCGGCGUCCUGGUGAAGCUGCGCUGCCCCGACGGCUCGACCGCGACGCGCAAGUUCGCCACCGACGCGCCGGCCGGCGAGGUCCUCGACUGGUGCGACGUGCGCGGCGUCGACCUGGAGGCGUUCGUCGUGCGCAAGGCCGCGGGCGACCGCGUCGUGCUCGACGACCGGACGUCGCUCCUGGGCGACGUCCUCGGCGCGCGCGCGCUGCUCGAGUGCGUGGCGCGGUAGUAGUAGUUGUGUUCGGGGGCUCGUAAGUACCUGGACGUCG